UGGGUUAUCGUUACGUGCCCUCUGGAAGUUUCUCGCGUUUAAUCUCAACGAUGAUUGGUUAGCUCUCUCGUAAACCGUCCUGAACAUUGGUCGCUGGUGGAACUCUUUUUUUCUUUUCCCUCUACCAGCUCGAGUUAUAAAGCAGCUCGCAGCGAAAACCGUUCAACAAUCCGCGUGUAUUUCGAGCGAAACGCAACUACCCUCCAAGCAUCGGUACAACCAGAGUACAACGGAAUAAGAAAGAAAGAAAAAAGCGGCAGGGCGACAAUCAAAAACACGGAGAAAUUAAAAAGUGGGCAAGGAAGAGUAAUUGGAAAUUUGCCGUUUACUUGCUGCUUCUUGGGCUCCUGACUCUCUAUUGUCUUUCUUGAGGAAAGAAAGUUGUUUCGUCGAGGUGUUCGAGGUGUUCGAGGUGUUCGAGGUGCGUCGAGUGGUCAGAUCAGAAUGCCCUUCCGUAACGGAGUCAACGCCCACGAUAAUAACGUGCAGCUCAAACGACCGAGUGAAAACGAGUUUCUGCAUACGGCUGUGGAGCAUGCGAGUUACACUACGUACACCUUCGAGGCGCUCCAAGAGUCAGCCCAGUACUUGCUGGAACGCGUGCCGAUCAAACCAAAGAUCGGGAUCAUCUGUGGAUCCGGAAUGGGUAACAUCGCCGACUUGGUGACGAAUAGGCUGAUCUUCCCAUACGAGGACGUGCCACAUUUCCCCGUCUCGACGGUCCACGGUCACGUCGGGCAACUGGUCUUUGGUUAUCUAGAGGGCAUCCCGGUGAUGUGCAUGCAAGGCAGGUUUCACUAUUACGAGGGCUAUCCUCUAUGGAAGUGCGCAAUGCCCGUCAGGGUGAUGAAGCUCGUGGGAGUGACGUAUCUCAUCGCAACGAACGCUGCUGGAGGUCUCAAUCCAAAGUUCAAGGUGGGCGACAUCAUGAUGGUGAAGGAUCACGUUAAUAUGAUGGGAUUCGCAGGAAACAAUCCACUUCAAGGGCCAAACGACGAUAGGUUCGGCCCAAGAUUCCCACCCAUGAGUAAGGCCUAUAACACGAAGCUCCUGGACGUUGGUGCGAAGAUCGCCGAGGAAAUGGGUAUCUCCGAUAUAGUACACCAGGGAGUCUACACCUGUUUGGGCGGUCCAAAUUACGAGACCGUGGCGGAGCUCAGGAUGCUGAGAAUGAUCGGCGUCGACGCCGUUGGUAUGUCGACGGUGCACGAGGUCAUUACGGCGAGGCACUGUGACCUCACUGUCUUCGCCUUCAGCCUCAUCACUAAUCAGUGCAUAGUGGACUACGAAGACCUCGGAGAGGCCAACCAUGCGGAGGUCGUAGACGUUGGACUCUCGAAGCAAUUUGUAAUUCAAGAAUUCGUCUCGCGCAUGGUCCUCCAGAUCAAGGAGAUUUAUAGCGCCGACAGAAAAUGAAUACGCAGUCGUCUCGCGAAGAAAAGCAUGUGAUUAAGAGAAGAAGAAGAAAAAGAAGAAAAGUAAGGAGAAGGACGAAGGACGAAGGACGAGGGAAAGGGACAAAUCUGAAAAGCACCUGCCUGGCAUCGAAUGUCGAUCAGGUUAUCAUCAUAACUGUGCCAGCAAUAGUAGAAGGAGUGCUGCGGAAGAAUAUCCUGGAGAAGCUGGCGUUUGCGGGUGGCAGGACUCCCGGCACGAGCUCCUAUCGCACUAUGGGGAACUGCCGCCUGACUACCUGUCAAACUGUAAGAGUCCCAGUCACCCAGUGAGGAGGUGCUGGGGAAAUGGGGAAAUGGGGAAAUGGGAAGAUAUGGUCCGAAACUUCUUUUCCGGUUCUCAUUGUUUUCCGGUGUUAUCGUGAUCCCGAGAAUGAAGAGGGGAAUGGCAGCAAAAGAGAAAAAAAUAAAAAAAUAAAAAAAAGAGGCUUUUGAAUCCAGAUUAUUUUUCGCGUUGCGAAUGCUACGAGAUCUCGAGGUCGCUGUAUUUAAUUUAACGCACCGCUGAAUUUCUUGCGCGGAUGCAGUCUGCCGCGAUAACGCGACUUCUCUUUCAUCGUAGCAGUAUUUUUCUCCUCUCUCUCUCUCUCUCUCUCUCUCUCUCUCUCUCUCUCUCUCUCUCUAUUUUCUCAAAUUAUAUUUCAAUUUGAGAACUGCCCUGUUUUCCAAAUGAGAGAGCGGCAAUGGCUCCGGUAGAUCCGUAACCUGCGAGUCCUUAUCUCAAUUCAGCUUGAUUCACCUCUGAUCCCAAUUGAUUCGUUACACGUCUUAAGGGGGACGCGAAGCUCCGGUGAUGGUUAGGGGGAUCGAAGGACCUCCUCAGACUCAGACACCCUCAACUUCUACUACCACCGUCUCAGACUCCUUCCCCGUUUCAACCCUCGCUUCGUUACCUUCAUCUCGUUUCCGCGCCUUUCCAUCGCUAAUGCAUCGACGUUCGCCUUCGAUAAAUCUCAAACCCGAAGACCAUAUGCCUCUCCAGUUCCCAGCCCUCACCCACUACUCCACCCUCUCUAUCUACUACUUAUUCUUAGCUUCUUCUCCAGAUCUUCAUCCUCGUGCUUCUUUCUCUUUCUCUUUAACUUCCUACUCCUGCUGCGUAUUUGGUACUCGUCUUCCUUUCAUCAUUCCGAGACACUAAACUGUAACGAAGAGGAGGGCGACUCCAAAUUUAAUUUCGCUCGUAUCACCUCGACUCUUCCGCAUUUUGGAAUCUCUUAAAUUAUUUUGCAGCGUUUAUCUCUCUCUCUCUCGCAGCCCUUCACUCUGUGCGCCACUGUCCUUCCUAGGGCCUUAAGGAGGUUGCUGGUAACACCGAUUCCAAGGAACCGUGUGAUUCUCUGGGAAUUGUCUGAUCACGUGCUGACAGAUUAAACUUUCUGAAAGAAAGUGGACAGAAGGAUUCCUCGGAAUUUCGAGCGCCUAUACCGCCGGUGGGUUCACUCAGAAUCAGAAUGCUCCUAAAAAGGUAACCGACGAUAUUCGUGGUGCCAUCGAUGCCAGCUCAUGCUCGCCAUACUUACAUACUUGUCCCAUUUCAUUUCUCAAAGGCAUCCGAUGGUUCGUUCAUUGAGAAGCUCGAUCUUGCAGACUUCUCUCUUCUCCCGUCCUAAUCCUGAACGGUUCUGUUCUUAUCUCCCAGACAGGCUGCUCGGACCAUCUGAACAGAGGGCGAUCGCGUCUCUGGUUGGUUCCUCGUUAGUUCGAGGGUACCUCAGGGUUCUGUACCUGCUCCAGUCCUGUUCCCCGUCUGUACUGCUGAUAUUGAUUCUGUAAUGUUGAACAGUUGGAGGGCAAAAUAUGCGACUGAUCUUCAGUACUCUGCUCAUUGCCCAUGGUUCGCACUGAAUGAGUGUGUUGCAAAAAUUAAUGAGGAUCUUGCGCGGAUCUGUGAAUGGGCUGUGACAAAAAAAAACAACUUGCUCUAAAUCCUUCGAAGAUGACGGUGAUGCUUGGUCACGAUACCAGGGUCUUCCAAAUUUGCGAAUGCUCAUUAGUUUGAGCGUGUUGCGAGCAUCAUUGUGAAUAAGCAAUGGUCAGGUAUUCAGAUCUUUACUAUUUUUUGGCAAUUUUCAUUCGCCUAGCCAUCUACAGUGACGUGCUAUUCUUUGUAUCCAAGGAAUCCGUUUCGAGGAACUCGCCAGCUUGGCCAUCCUCUGGACUUGGUUGUCUCUCCAUGUCGAAGUGCAGCUUCUGAAAUUUCCUCCAUAUUAUCAGCGAAAGAGCAUCGCGCGCAACGUUUAAGAAUAUAGCUACAUGCCUUUCUUCCGUAGUUGUGUCUGGUUAUGUUAAUUGUAGUCUUUAAGUUAUUGUAUAAGUUCUCCUGGUUCUUUGUUUUACUGUUAAUUUUAUGAUUAUUGCACAUAUAUUAUUUAUAUAAUGUAUUUGAUAUUACACUGUUAAUAUUUCUGAUUUAUACUAACAGAGUCAGAGCCGUAUAGUAUAAUAAACUCUCUCUCUCUCUCUC